AUGGGGUCCACAGCCUUUGGCAACUUCAACGACUUCUGCAAAGAUUCGACCCUGCCGAUCUGCAACUUGCUAUCCGAAGAAUUCAAGAACCAAACCGGCCCCUGGGGAGGAUGUGCGCUCACCGGAAUCCCGCUCAGCGGCGGCCGGCAUCUGGGUAACGUUGGAUCAAUCAUCCUAUGUGGCAUCGGUAUUGCCAUGGCAGCGUUCCUCAUCAUGAAAUCGGACAGGAAAAAGGCUGCCGUGGGCCGUCGCGAAAUUCAACUGUUCCUUCUUGGCUAUAUUGUCAUCAGCAUCUGCGAGAUUUUUUCAGUCGGCGAAAUCCCUCUCGGCAAGACUGUACGAGUGGCUUUUAGUGGCAUUCACAUUGGCGCCAUCAUCGCGACUACAUGGAUCCUUAUGCUCAACGCUGUUGUUGGAUUUCAGCUGCUCGAUGACGGUACCCCGUUGUCUCUGGCCCUGCUAUUUGGCUCUGCCGGCGCCCUCCUCAUUGGAACUGGCUACAUUGCUCUCGACACGGGAUUCAGCUGGACCGGGUUCUGGGACAGCAGCUAUGAACUUCCGAACCGCAACAUUGCCCUCUAUGUGCUAUACCAGCUUAUCCCUCUGCUAUUCCUCGUUGCAUUUUUCGUCCUUGAAACUAUUCUGGUCCUUCGAAUCCUGGGAGAGCUCCGCCCGAUGAUCUAUCUGACUGCCGCUGCCCUUCUCUUUGCCAUCGGUCAGGUUUUCAACUACGUCAUUAGCAAAUACAUUUGCGAUGGGACCAACGGCAAGAUUGACGGAGCCCUUUUCGAGACGCUGUUCACGCUUCUGGCCGUCGGUAUGGUCUGGGUCUUCUGGUCAAGCAUCACCGAGGACGACUGGCCUAUGCCGGCAACAGAGUCUUACACCUCUCCAGGCUAUACCGCUACCAGUGCAGCCUAUGCCAACACGGGAUACGCCAACCAGAGCUAUUCCAACCAAGGCUUUGCCUCGCAAUCCUACAACUCCAACAACCACUCGCACUCGCAAUCCUACAACUCCCAACCAUACAACUAA